CCCGUUUAUGGACCCGCAACACUCUGUAUUUACGAAGGUAAACCAAUCCCAACCAUUUACAACCAUACUUAUACUACCAUUGGAAGAAGUUAGGGUUAAGGAGAGUGAGAGAGAGCCGCAAGAGGGGUUGCGAUGUGUGUGUGAGAGUGUGUGUGCGCUCCGAUGGUACUCCCAGUCGCCUCCAACAAUAGUUCGUGUGUGAAUUCACUCGCCAUCUUAUAGAGAAAGAAAGAGAGAUCGAGACAGGAAGAGUUAGAGAGUGUUAUAGAAAAGAAAUAGAUUUGUGAUGUUACAUGUUCCUGGUGAUGUUCCCGGUGAACAAACCACCCCCAACAUAUCUUCGUUUUAGUUUCGUUGUGCCUCCGGUAUGACGAAACUCAAGCUGUUGAUGGGUCGAUUUUGAAAGAAAGAAAUGAUGUCGGAGUUUGAGGAACCAUCGAGGGUUAAUCGGUCACCUGUGGAGACAUCAAUGGGGUGCUAAGCAGGAGGCUUGGAGGGGUCAUAGUCAUUAGGAAGCGAGGUGUCACCAGAAAAGGUGUGUCGGCGAGAAGAAGAUUGUGCUAGAGAAGGGCAGUCACCGGUGGAGGAAGAGUUUGUGCACAUGAAGAAGCUCUGUGACGCCGAUGUUAAGAGUUCAGGAAGCUGUCAUCCAGUAGCCAGAGUUUUUUCUACGAGACUUCAGCAGUGUGAGAUGGCUGAAUACAGAAUAUGAAUAUAUGGAAGAAAGAAAAGUGAGUGGGACAAUUUGGCAAGUUGUAUUGUAAACAAGGAAUUAUACAGUGAGAAUGUUGUCUGGUUGAUUCAGCUACCCCGGCUUUACAACAUAUACAAAGAAAUGGGUAUUGUGACAUCAUUUCAUACCAUUCUAGAUAAUGUCUUCCUUCCACUCUUUGAGGUUACAAUUGAUCCAGAUUCACAUCCCCAGUUGCAUGUAUUCUUGAAACAGGUGGUAGGAUUGGAUUUGGUGGAUGAUGAGAGCAAGCCUGAAAGACGCCCUACAAAACACAUGCCAACACCUUCUCAAUGGACAAACAUCUUCAAUCCUGCAUUCUCAUACUAUGUCUAUUAUUGUUAUGCCAAUCUUUAUACCCUAAAUAAGCUUCGCGAAUCAAAGGGCAUGACAACUAUUAGAUUUCAUCCUCAUUGUGGGGAGGCGGGUGACAUUGACCACUUAGCUGCCUCAUUUCUUACAACUCACAACAUUGCACAUGGAAUUAAUCUCAGAAAUCCCCUGUACUUCAAUAUCUAUACUACCUUGUUCAUAUUGGUCUUGCAAUGUCUCCUUUAAGCAACAACUCGUUAUUUUUGGAUUACCAUCGGAAUCCUUUGCUGAUGUUUUUUCUACGUGGGCUUAAUGUUUCCCUAUCUACUGGUGACCCCUUACAAAUCCAUCUCAUAAAGGAACCCUUGGUGGAGGAAUACAGUAUUGCUGCUUCUGUUUGGAAGUUGAGUUCAUGUGAUCUUUGUGAGAUAGCAUGUAAUCCCGUUUACCAAUCAGGUUUCUCCCACCUUCUCAAGUCUCAUUGGAUUGGGCAAGAGUACUACAAGAGAGGGCCAGAUGGAAAUGAUAUUCACAAGACAAAUGUACCACACAUCCGACUUGAAUUCCGAGAUGUGAUAUGGAGAGAGGAGAUCCAAAGGUAGCUUUGUAAUUGUUUGGUGUGUUGUAGUUAAUGCUUAUUGGAAGAGUUUUGACUGAUGGACGAGUAAACGCCAAAGUGAAAUAUGACUUGUCUGAGAAUCUUACCAUGAAGACCAAUGCUCUGCUUACAAGUGAGCCACACAUGUCUCAUGGAAUGAUCAAUUUUGACUAAAAGGGUACUGACUAUCAGACUCAAUUCCAGCUUGGAAAUGGUGGUUUGAUUGGUGCUAGUUAUAUUCAGUUGUAUGUAGGUUUCAUUGGCAUCUGAUUUAAUGUACAAUUACAUGUUAAGAGAUGUCACUGCCAGCUUUGGAUAUGAUUAUAUACUUCUGUCGGCUUAGAGGCAAGAUUGACUCAAAUGGCUGCACAUCUGCUUUUCUUGAAGGAUCAUUUUAUGUUUCUUAAUUUUAUCAUCUCUGCUGAGGUCAGUACAUUUAUCACACUCAGUAAUUCCAUGCAUAAACACCAUAAAGAAAAGUAUUAUAUACAAUAAAUACCAAUAUACCUUUUCUCUAACAAAAGAAUAGAAUGACUCAUUACAUUCCAUGAUCAUAUUUGGUUGUCCUGUAUGAAUGAAAUGAAUUUUCAUAUGCUUUUUUACAUCACAUGUAAAAAAUCAAACUAGUGGACCCAAAAUCUAAAAAAUCAAACUAGUGGACCAUCAUCUCUUUUAUCCUGUUGAUCCCUUUUGUCUUCUUAUUAGAAGGCUUCAAGCAUACAUUUAAUGGUUGAAUAUUAAACUUGAUAAAUACUUUAUAUUUUAAUGGAACCCGGAACACCACAUGGAUCAAAUAUCAUAUCUCAAGUGCGGUCCCACAUUCAUUGGAUGGAGAAAAGGGUCACAAUAAUUAUCGGAGCAGGGGUUCAUUAGUCUUAAAGAAUUAUGAAAGGCAAGAUGCAACUCUACUUAGUUGGAAUUUGAUGUUUAUCAUCUUUGUGUAUAUCUUCUUAGUUUGUAUAGCAUUACAUUGCAGAAGGUGUCCCUUAAUAGCAAUGUACAAUUAGGUUAUAUAGUUAGGGA